AAAAAAUGGAACACACCAGCAGUGUGAGGAGACCUGAAAGUGGCACAUGGGGAGAGUUUUGGCGUUUGGGGACAGCAGCAAUGGGAGGCGUACAGGGACCCCUGAGGGGACUCUGGGGCCCGGGCAGAGCAUGAGGGGGGCUGGUUUUUUUAGGGGCCCACGGCAGGGUUAGGGGCCCGGCAGCAGCUAUAGGGGCCCCUAAAUUUCCAGCACCCUAUGUCAAAAAUUCAAAAAACACCAGAGUGGUGAGGGGGACCUGAAAGUGGGGACAUGGCAGGGGUUUUGGCGAUGGAGACAGCAGC